AUGAUAAUUCGCACAUUUUUUGCUCUAUUUUUGACGAAUUUUGUCGUUUCUUCUCCGAUUUCGUCAAAUCCAGACCAAACUACUGCUGCUCUCAACACGUAUCUUUAUGGAGAACCGAAUCCUGAAUGGCUCAAGUACAUCAACGACGAUGGAUAUUUCGACCCGUCUUUGAUUGAAGACAAAGAAACUCGUCAACGGAUCGCUUCCAACUUCACCGAUGAACUGCGACUCGAUUUUAAUGCCGUAAAAGAUGUCAAAUUUUAUCUUUACACGAACAAAGAACGUUCCCGAACGGAAAUCGCAAUCGAAAAUUUGGUAUCUCUCACAAAUUCGACGUUUGAUGCCGCAAAUCCAACGCGAUUUUUGAUCCACGGAUGGCAAGAUAGCGAAGAUUCGAAGAGAAUUCAACCCACAAAAGAUGCUUACCUCGAAAUUGGUGAUUUUAACGUCAUUACCGUCGAUUGGAGUAAAGGUGCUAGCAGUUUAAAUUACUACACGUCACGUCAUCGCAUCGAAGAUGUUGCCGGAAUCGUUCGUCGUUUCAUCGUUUUCAUCGUACAAAAUGCCGGAGUCACCGUUAGUCAACUUCAGGUCGUUGGACAUUCACUCGGAGCGCACAUUGCGGGUCUCACGGGAAAAUACUUGCAUGUCGGAAAGCUUCCCGUGAUCGUUGGACUGGAUCCAGCGUCGCCUCUGUUCUCGAUGAAAAACGAAAAAGGUCGUUUGACGCCCAACGAUGCCGAAUAUGUCGAAGUUAUUCACUCGAACGGGGGUCAACUUGGCUUUUUGGAGCCUAUUGGGACGUCAGAUUUCUAUCCAAACUACGGCAGAGAUCAGAAAGGAUGCGGCGUUGAUUUGACAGGCGCUUGUUCCCACAAUCGCGUUUGUACGUUCUUUGCCGAGUCGAUUGUGACGGAAGUUGGCUUCUGGGCGUAUCAAUGCGAGGAUUUUAACGAUAUCAAAAAGAAAAAGUGCAAAAUUACGAAUAUUUUGUGUGAAAUGGGAGGAGAACCGUUGAAGACGACACGAGCUAUCGGAAAUUAUUAUCUGGAAACGAACAAAAAGAAGCCUUACGCUAUGGGACUUGUUUAUGAAACAUGA